GGAGGCGGCGAAGUGACAAGAGGGUCGGGACAGUCCGUCAGACAGAGACUGGGGAGGAGGGGAGGGGGGCAGGUCGCCGCUGGAGGUGCCCCCCGCACUGACACACCGUCCUCCCCGGCACCGCAUUAACCGCUCUGAGAUUCCCACCCCUGGGAGAGGGGGGGUGGCCCCCGGUGACAUCUCGGCGGUGAGGCGAGGAGGGGGCCGCCGGGGCUGACGCUGGGGGAGGGAGGAGUGAGGGGGGGGGCUCGUCAGUUCACACCUCGCCCUCCUCUCCCCCGCCCCCCCUUACCCUUCACUCCCUCCUAUCCUGAGGCUCGGAGUUGGGACUGCGGGAAGAGCCGGGUUCGGCGGCUGCAUCAACUCCGGAGGAAGCCGGACGGCGGCCGAGGGACCGGCUGCCACCGCCGACCAUGAAGUCAGACCGAGCCAGCAAGAUGGGGUAGACAGGACUAUCAACUAUCAUGAACUCCGACACAGUGCUAUUAUACAUUAAGUUCAUAAAGAAGAUCACGCUGAAGUAGAAUGGAUAAUGGACAUUGUUUCUGUUCUUAACAUGAUACAAUAGAUGAGUACUUUGAAUAUGAAGCAGAGGAGUUUUUGCUUUCCCUGACCUUGUUGAUCACAGAGGGUCGUACACCAGAAUGCUCAGCAAAAGGUCGUACAGAAGGGUUUCAUUGCCCUCCAGCACAGCUUGGACAGUCCUUAAGUACAAAGCACGAAUGCACUGAAAAAGUGCCACAGUGUUAUCAAGCCAGAAGGACUAGAUCUCAGGUUUUGGUUCUGUGGAGGAAUAAUAUUUCCAUCAUGGUUGAAGUGAUGUUGCUUCCUGACUGUUGCUAUAGUGAUGCUGAUGGUCCAUCCACAGAGGGGAGUGAUAUAAAUGACCCUGCUAUCAAACAGGAUGCUUUGCUGCUGGAAAGGUGGUCUUUACAGCCAGUGCCCAAACAAACUGGAGAUCGUUUUAUUGAAGAGAAAAGCCUUCUGCAGGCUGUCCGUUCUUAUGUCUUUUUUUCUCAGCUGAGUGCUUGGCUGAGUGCAUCACAAGGUGCUGUUCCACGUAAUAUUCUGUACCGGAUAAGCGCAACUGAUGAAGAUAUGUUGCUAAAUUUUACCCAGCCCCCAGUUGAACAUGUGUUUCCAGUUCCAAAUAUUUCACACAACCUGGCUUUGCGAGUGAGUGUACUAUCCCUGCCUAGGCAACCGAGUUACCCUUUGCUGACAUGCAGUAUUCACACCAACUUCAGUUUCUUUGGGAAAAAUAUCCCCUGUCAAGAAAAGGAUGCUUAUCAGCGUACUAAUGUAAAAGAGCAAGACUACUGCAACAUGCCAGGAGUACAACAGAAGUACAGUAAGCAAGCAUGCACUGCCAUUCGAAACCAUGAAUUGUUGCCAACAAGUUCAGUCAAUGUAAGAAAAUGCCCUUCUCCUGAGAUCUUGGAAACAAGCAAGUGGGAAACAUUAAGUGAUAAUGACAAAAUAUCUGAUAUCAGAAGUUCACAGCCUAAGGCUCAGACUUGUAAUUGGACAAAUACUGCUGAAAUAACUAAAGUACAUCCCUAUGAAACCCAUACAGUCAAAACAUUAAAGUCAUUUUCUGUGACGGAUUCCAAUCAAACCAGCAGUCCAUCUACUCAAAUUUCUUCAGGUGAGAUGAACCCUUUGAUAGGAAGCUUGCUUCAGGAAAGGGAAGAAGUGAUUGCACGAAUUGCCCAACAACUGAGUUAUUGUGAUCAAAAUCCUCCAUCUAUUUCUGGAAGCCAUUUUAAUAUCGUACAAGAGUCAAGUUCAACAAGUGCAAAACUACUGCAGAGCUCUUUUGAAGAGGAAAGCCCAAGAAGUUCUGGAAAAGAGACUCUUUGUAGUUCUGCCACCCACAGUGAAAGUAGUUUCUUGGAAAACAAAAAAACGAGCAGAAUCUCUUCUCAACAUACUCCAGUCAUGUUAUGUAGAAAGGCUAAACUUGACAAUGAUAAAACAGCUUCCCCAAAGCCACAGACACGAAGAAAACUAUUUCCAGCAGAUUCUUUUACUGAUACCAUUGGCAAAUCUGAAACAAAGCAUCCUGCUGAAAGAACUGUAAGUAAGCAUGGUAAAGCAGAACUGUCACAAAUCAAUUACGUAGGUAAAGUGAACUGGAAGUGCCCAGUGUCUGGCAACACUGUAAUUGACAAAAAAUCUAAAAUUGAGUCAUCAUGUUCUGGUUCCUUCCAUAAGAACAUUGUGAACUCUACAGAUAAUUCUGAACUAAAUCUACAUACCCCUCCUAUACAUCAUGAUCCUUCAGAACUUGAUAAUGCGAGUACAUUUAAUAGAGACAAAUCAGACUGUUCCUUUGACUCAGGCACUUGUACUGAAAAUGGUGUCAACAAUGCAAAAAAUAAGCCAGUUAGUAUAGAAUGCUCAUGUACCUGGCAUUCAGACUCUGUAGAUUGUAGCAAGUUUGGGUCUAAAAGUGAAUGGAAUAAAUUGAAUAGUUCUGGUGAUGACCGUUCUGGCACAAUAAAAACAAAUGAAACUGUCAGUUCAAAAAAGGGAGACCAAGAAAAAAUUGACUUGCAGACCCAGAGCUGUGAUUCAUCACAAUGCUUACGUAAUUCAUCAUUGCCAAGGAGACUUAAUGGAGACUGCAGAGAAAGACCUGGAGAAUCUCAAAUGCAAACUAAGAGUUUUUCAAAAUCUCCACUGAGACCUUCUGGUAACUUUUGGAAGAAACAAAAUCGCCGUUCAUUAGAUGGGAUCUCAACAAAAGUUUUCCAUCCAUGUACUGGAUUACCCUUGCAUUCAAGUCCUGUUCCACCAAGAAAAAAACAAUCGGGAUACUUUGACCUGGACACUUCAUUGCAAAGACUAAAAGGGGUACCUUGCAAAAGCCAGAGGAAGUACUUAAGACAAGAGAAUGAUGCUGACCAAGGGAAGCAGCAGCUGAGUGUUAGUGCUCCACCCGCAACUAGUCUAAGCCUGCUUGGAAACUUUGAGGAAUCUAUCUUGAAUUUCCGCUUGGAACCUUUAGGAGCAGUUGAUGGUUUCACAGCCGAGGUGGGAGCAAGUGGAACAUUCUGUCCCAGUCACAUGACUCUUCCAGUUGAGGUGUCGUUCUACAGUGUCUCUGAUGAUAAUGCACCAUCACCCUACAUGGGUGUGAUUAAUUUGGAAUCCUUGGGAAAACGAGGCUAUCGAGUGCCUCCUUCAGGAACAAUACAAGUGACCUUAUUCAAUCCGAACAAGACGGUGGUUAAGAUGUUUGUGGUGAUUUAUGACUUGAGAGAGAUGCCAGCCAAUCACCAGACAUUCCUACGACAGAGGACGUUUUCUGUUCCUGUGAAACGUGAAACUGUUGGACAUGCCAAUAAAGAAAACAUAAUCCAGACUGAAGAAAGGAUACUUCGCUACCUCGUACACUUGAGGUUCCAGAGUUCAAAAUCUGGGAAGAUCUACCUCCACAGAGAUGUCAGACUCCUUUUCUCUCGAAAGUCAAUGGAAGUUGACAGCGGUGCUGCGUAUGAAUUAAAAUCUUAUACGGAGUUUCCAACAAAUCCUCACUUUUCAGCACGAUGUUAGUAACCUUUGUAUUGGUUAGGACUUUUUUCUGUUUUUUUUUCUGGAGAAUGGCACAUGUUCAGCUAAUUCAUGGAAAUAAAAUAAUGCACAAUACAUAAUUGUGAGAAAUUAUUGGUACUAGUCUUUUAGAACCCCAGCACCUAUUAGACAGUGGGCCAGUCUUGUGUAAGUGUUUUGAAUAAAAUCCCUUGUACUUAAGGCAAGCCGUAGACUGGAAUGAAAACCAUGUUGUCCUGAUAUUAUCUGUACUGUUACAAUGGAAGUCACAAACCACUUUAUUGGAUGUGUUGCAAUAGUAAAAACAAGAAGUAGUUUAGUGUUGAAACAUAUUAUUUUAUUUGUCUUUUAUUUAAUAUUUAAAUUAAUGUUUCACUUAUUGGACAGAUAAUUUGUCCUGUUUAGUGUUAUAUAGCAUAAAAUUCUCUAUGUAAAAUCAUACUCUGUAUUUUUUUGACAUGGUUAAUACUCAAAUAUACAA